AUGUCAGGCAUUGCGCAGCCCAGCCGCGCUGAUGAAGUGCAAAGCCUUCUGAAAGCAGUAGAAGACCUUCUCAUCCCGUUUAUCCGAUCCGCAGACAAUGAUUCCCUCGGUUCAUCGACACAGAAAAAUGGUACCAACGGCACCAAUGGACACACUGGACUGGCUGGAAGCUCGUUGGUAGAUUAUAAGAAGCCCGAAGAGUUGCGAGAUAUUCUUCAGCUCGAGAUCCCCGAGAAAGGCACUAAGCAGGAAGGCCUCAUCGGGGUCUUGCAAAAGGUCUUGAAAUACUCAGUCAACACCUGGCACCAGGGCUUUUUGGACAAGCUAUAUGCGUCAACCAAUGCGCCCGGCGUGGCAGCGGAACUCAUCCUCGCUACCUUGAACACCAACGUACACGUCUACCAAGUGUCGCCUGCACUGACGGUCAUUGAGAAGUACACCGGCCAGCGGUUGGCGAACCUCUUCGGGCUGAACGGUCCCCGAGCAGGUGGUAUUUCCGUACAAGGCGGGUCUGCAUCGAACACCACCUCCAUCGUCAUUGCGCGCAACAAUCUCUACCCGAGCACUAAAACAGACGGAAACGGCGGGUACAAGUUUGUGCUCUUUACGAGCGCGCACGGCCACUACAGCGUAGAAAAGGCGGCCCAGAUGCUCGGAUUCGGUAGCAGCGCCGUCUGGCCCGUCUCCAUUGACAAAGUCGGCCGCAUGAUCCCAGCCGAGCUUGAGAAGCUGGUCCAGAAGGCGCAGAGCGAAGGUCGGACACCGUUCUAUGUCAAUGCCACCGCAGGCACAACCGUUCUGGGCUCUUUCGAUCCCUUUAACGAGAUCGCAGCCAUCUGCCAGAAAUACAAUAUGUGGUUCCACAUCGACGGGUCUUGGGGCGGCUCAUUUGUCUUCUCUCAGCGCCAGAAACAUAAGCUAGCCGGCGCAGAGAAAGCAAACAGCAUUGCGAUCAACCCGCACAAAAUGAUCGGCGUUCCUGUCACCUGCUCGUACCUGCUAGCAUCAGAUAUGCGCCAGUUCCACAAGGCCAACACCCUUCCCGCUGGAUAUCUAUUCCACAAUGAAGAAGACGAGCCCACCGCCAAUGGCGCCGCACAGAACGAAUCCGAGCUGGAAGUCGACUCGCCGGAAGUCUGGGACUUGGCAGACCUCACUCUCCAAUGCGGUCGACGUGCCGAUUCCCUCAAACUCUUUUUGGGCUGGACAUAUUACGGAAACGAAGGCUACCAACAGCAGAUCGACUCGGCAUGCGAUAUCGCCGCGCACUUGGCUAACACCAUCGCUCAACAUCCCGAUUUCGUUCUUAUCAGCGAAAACCCCCCACCGUGCCUGCAGGUGUGCUUCUAUUACGCCCCUGGCGGGAAAUUCGUGUACCCGCGCGGCUUGGUCUCAAAUGAGACACAGCGCGCAAAAAAUAACAGCAGGGUCACUGAGCAGGUGACGCAUGCGAUCGUGCCCAAGGGAUUCAUGGUGGACUUUGCGCCUCCCAGUGGGGAUGAGGAGGCGGCUGGGAAUGGAAAGUUCUUCCGGUGCGUUGUUAAUGUUCAGACCACAAAGGAGACGGUCGAUUCACUUGUCCGCGCCAUUGAAGAAGUGGGCCCUGGUAUUGUUGAGUCUUUGAAGGCGAGCAACCCGCCCAUUCCUCAUAAGCGACUUGGCGAGCGUGGACAUGGCCCUGUUGUCCAUCACGUUUGA